AACUACAAAUCACCACCAAAUCCUGUUCUAAUUCUCUCAACAGCCUGUUAUAAACAACACGAAGCUUGCCAAUAUAUUCUCCAAGUCAACAAUUGUCUCUUCUACCUCUUUCUCAACUCUUCUCAAUUUCAUCUCGGCUCAUCUUCCAACCAGAUCCCAAAACAGAUCCUCCACUCUCCUACCAAAUAGCAGAUACAUUACUCAUCAGCACACCAUCGUCACAUCGCCUCAGCUCGGUCAUUACGAAGCCCUCGUACAACCAUCUGCACGUUCCUGGCUCCGUGCUUCUUGCUUGGAUCGACAUAUCUCUCACCUCCAACAACCCAGAGUUCGAUACGAACACACAAAAACUAAUCCGCACAUCCGCCACACGCUGAUCGACGAGUGAUUUUAUAUCAGGAAGCAUCGUUGUUGCGGCUCCAGCGUUGGCGAGCGUGUCCUGUGAUCCACGCACUUCGUCCGGCGCCCGUACGAACCAAAGAUAACUACAAAUCUCCAUCGACUCCUCCCUCGGGCGACACAAGAGGCAAGGCAGAGGCCCAAGAACCCUGACCACCGGGCCCGGACAAUUUCCCAACUUAACGCCCGUGCUCGCUUAGUUCUUUCAUCGCUCCACGAGACGCCGAUCUGACGUCGCUCGCACCAGCCGACUCUUCCGUGCCAUCCUUGCCAUCCUUACGCUAGAAGUUUCAGCUUUUUCCUUUGCAGCAUUCCAGCCUCACUCAAAACGAACGACACUGUCGCGAACGCUUACGAUCCCGACUUUGACGAUAGCAUGGAAGAACGUCUAGAUUUUCAGUAGCCCCGUUGUUACUCUCUUUUUCUGGUUUCCUUUAGCCCUCUGUCCACUUUCAGAGUUACCGCCGCACACAAUGCCGAUGCAACGGCCCAGUAUGCUCAAACGAGUACGUAGUCAUACAAACCGGCAGUCUCUUAGCGAUUUGGUGCAUGGAAGAGGGAACUCGCCACAUCCUCAAGCAGACACCAUCUCAGCGCUGAAGCAAAUCGAAGAAGAGACUCUGCCCAAGUACAGUGCAGACAACUUCUAUGCCGCUCGGAUAGGCGAGGUUUUCAAUGAUCGAUACAAACUAUGUGCGAAACUGGGCUUCGGCAUGACGGCGACGGUAUGGCUGGCAAAGGACUUGAAAGCCGAUCAAUGUGCGGGCAACCACAAAUACGUCACAAUCAAGAUCAAUGUCAACACCUUGACCGAUGACUUCUUAAAAGGCCGACGAGAAAUCGCCCAGAAGUUGUUCUCCGCCAAUCCCAACCACCCAGGCUACAACCACAUCCGAUUCAUGCGAGAUACGUUCAAGCUCAGGUCCCGCCACGGCGAGCAUCUCUGCAUCGUAUACGACGUCCUCCGAGAACCCAUCGAUAACUGCAUGGAGAAAUUCCCCGGCCGACGCUUCAAUUCCGAGAAGCUCCGCAAGCUGUUACCGGCUCUGUUGAAAGGCCUCGACUACCUCCACACAGAAUGUGGAGUGGUGCACACCGAUCUGAAAGCCGACAACAUCAUGAUGGGCCUUGGCGACCCGACCAUUCUCGACAAAUUCGUCCAGCAUGAAAUCGACCACCCGUCGCCACGAAAGAUGCCAGACUCUCACGGGCGUAUCAUCUACACCUCGUGCAGCGACUUUGGCGAAGCCCCGACCGACGUCGUCAUCGGCACGGCCAAGAUCACAGACAUCGGUCUGGCGGCGUGGGGAGACGGAAAGAACACGAAGCCGAUCCAAUCAAACGCGUUUAUGGCGCCAGAAGUCAUCCUACAGGCCGGUUGGUCCUACCCUGCCGAUAUCUGGAAUCUGGGCGUGAUGCUGUGGGAUUUGUUUGAGACUUUUGGGCUGUUCGAUUCUAUCGACACAAAACCCGGACACUACCGGCCCGAGAAACACCUGGGUCUAAUGAUAGGCCUGUUGGGCCCUCCACCAGUCGACUUGCUCAAGCGAGGGGCCAAGUCGUCCUACUACUUUGACGGUGAUGGCAACUUCAAAUACCCGGACUAUGUUGACAAGGAGAUUUCGUUUGAGAGCUCCAUCACCAGAAUGAGAGGCGAGGACAAGGACCUGUUUGUCGACAUGGCCAAGCACAUGAUUUGCUGGGUGCCCGAGGAGCGGUGGACGGCCAAGCAGCUGCUCGAUCAUCCCUACCUGACCAAGGAGCGCGAAUACAUCCCGACGCCCGGCGGCUUGAGCCGUGCCUCGACCGCGUCGUUCCAGUCGAUGGUUCCCCCCUCGCGGACCGGAACCCCCAACCCGGCUCCGUCGAUCCCCGUGUCGAGACGGACGUCGAACCUGGAACGGAUCCCUUCGCACGGCUCCUCGCCGGUGGCCAACGGGACGUCGUCGUCGGUGCCGGACAGGGUAUCGUCGUCGUCGUCGAGACCGACCACGCCGGCGAGUUCCAGCGUACCGUCGCACGCGCUCCCGUUCCACAUGAGAAAGAGCGAGGACAAGAACGGGUCGUCAUUGCCCACGAGUCCCGGCGGUCACCUCGUGCCCGCCGCCAACGUCGCAAACAAGUGUUCUCAGGACCUCAUCGACUCGAUCCUGAAAAAGGGCAGGAACGGUCACAAGCAGCAGCAGCAGGAACAGCAGAACGAAGACGGUUCAACUCGCGCCUCGAUGGACAGCAGUAACAGUACACCGACGAAGUGAGCUGGGAGGGAAGGUUUCUUUUUCCUUCUUCUUGAAAUAACGCAAAUGGGAGGACAUAAGGACAAUCCUCGACUGAUGAUGGACGAACGGGGCGGUGAGGAAUGGGCUGUCUUGUGUUGUGUUGUGUGUGUUGGUGUGUCGCGGUGUGUGUUUUGUGUGCGGGUGGGAUCCCCUAUUUUUUGGAACCAGAAAAAGAGGGCACAUUUCUUGUUUUUUUUUCCACAUUGCAAGGUGUUUUGUAGCGAUUUGCCUUUUUUUUUCUUUUUCUUCUUCUUCUACAUUUCACAGUGAUGGUGAAUGCUGAGACGGCCGGCCAGAUGGGAUUUUCUGUCUCUUUUUUUCUUCUUUUGCCUUAUUCCUGCGAGAAAGGGGCAAUCACGAAAUUUUUGAUACGUGGGAGUUUGAGUAGAAGAAUUCUCUCAAGGAUAGGUAGCUUAUGUGGCUAAUUGUGAUGUGACUGACGCGGAGGGCCUGGGGUAUCUAGGUAACUUAGGGCUAUAACGAAGGAGAUAUACCCAAGGAAAAAGGGUCACAACGGAAGCAUUCAUUUAUACGAGUAGACUGUGGCCAGUAGUGAGCCCUCGAUCAUUCAUAUCUACCGUGAGUAGGUAUACAUGACACUCGUUUUCUGAUUCUCA